AGUUAUGACGUCCCUCCCAUUCACUGCCGUCAGCUGUCAAUCAGGGGCAGGCUCGCCAGACUGCAGGACCUACAGUAAAUAUUUUUGUUUGCACAGCCGGCUGUAAUGGUGGAUCACUGAGAAAAGAAAAAUCCUAGGGACUGAAUCGCAGAAAGAGAAGGAAAACAGCAAAGACACACCUAUACAAAAACCGAGAUCUCGGUCAAUAUGGACGAGCUCAAACAUCAAGUCAUGAUCAAUCAGUUUGUGUUGACCGCGGGUUGCGCGGCGGACCAGGCGAAACAGCUUCUGCAAGCGGCACAUUGGCAAUUUGAGACUGCUCUUAGUGCUUUUUUUCAAGAAACCAACAUCCCGUACAGUCACCACCAUCAGAUGAUGUGCACUCCAGCCAACACGCCGGCAACGCCUCCCAACUUCCCGGACGCGCUCACCAUGUUUGCUCGGCUCAAGGCUUCAGAGAGCUUCACCAGCAGCAGCCCCAUUGCCUCCAUGACCACCUCACCCCCCCCUCAGGUCAGCUGGGCCAUGACCCCCCCACCCCCCAGCCAGCAGGGACUGUGGACUCCAGGGCAGCCUCCCUCGCAGGCGCCCCCUCCUGGCUGGCCCACCACAGUCACCCAGCAGGCCACCUCUGAACAGAAGGCCAGCGUCACAAUGGAGGCGGAGAGAUGAGAUCCUGGACCCGGGGCAGUCGGGGGGAGGGGGCUCUCAUUUUUCUUUAUUUUUGGAGAAUAAUGGGGGAUGGGGGAAGGGGGAAGCAAGGAGCCAUUGCGACGUGGACAACAGUCAAAUAAGAUUUCUUUUUUCAUUUUUUAAAGAAACCAACUUGUGUCAUGCUGCAGCUAACCCAAGGAGAAAACUUCAGGUGGUCUUAAACAACUUUUAUAUUUUUGGGGGGAGAGCCAGUGUAUUUGUCCAAUACAAGACCUGCAGUACCAGUGUUUGCAUGAAGAGUAACUUUAGUUUUAUGUUAAAGACUUUGGACAGAACCAUCCUGGAGACGUAAUUUCCCAGUGGCAUCAUGGAAUGCUGCGGUGCUGCAGUCACCUGACUUUCUAAAGCCAACCAAUCAGGGAUUAGUUGUUUUCUAUCACACACUGGGUUCCAAUAAUAACUGUUUUAAUUCUUGUCUCUGCUCUUCAUCAGGCAGAACACAUGCGAUUUAUUAGAGCAAGGCAAAUAGGUUAAGGUUUACACAUUGUAAAAAAAAAAAAAAAAAAAAAAAUUUCUGCAGGGAUUGCAGAUAGGUGUUUUCAAAUCUUUGUUUAAUUUUCUUUUGGUUUGUAAAAUAUUUCUUUUUGGGGGGGUAGGUUAGCAUCUAGAAACAACAACAGACUACUGUUAGUUUAUUUUUUUUCUCUCUGUAAAAAUAUGUGCCACCUGCAUGACUUGCUCAAGUGUACACACUAUACUUUAUUUUUAAAUUACAAAAUGAUGCAUUUUUUAAAAAAGAAAAAAAAAAGUGUUUCUCACGCACAUGAACUACAGGAUGUUUUUUUUUGUUUUGUUUAACUUGAAUUUUAAUAUUUUUUAAAACAACAGAUGUUUUCAAUAUUAUUGAGGCUGUGUGGUCCAGUGGUUAAAGAAAAGGGCUUGUAACCAGGAGGUCCCCGGUUCAAAUCCUGGCUCAGCCACUGACUGACUGUGUGACCCUGAGCAAGUCACUUAACCUUCUUGUGCUCCGUCUUUCAGGUGAGACGUUGUUGUAAGUGACACUGCAGCUGAUGCAUAGUUCACACACCCUAGUCUCUGUAAGUCGCCUUGGAUAAAGAUGUCUGCUAAAUAAACAAAUAAUAAUUAUUUUACUAGGAUUGAUUUUUUUUUUUAGGAGGGAAGGGUAAAAAAAAACAUAUUUAAAAAAGAAAUUAUGCAUAUUCAGGGACGACUUUUUCUCUGGAAGUUGGUUUUAGGUUUUAACUGUCCAUUUAUUUCUAAAAAAACCAAAAAGACAAAAACAGAAAUAUUUGUCUUUUUUUUUUUUUUUUUUAAAUAAGCAUUUUUGGUAAGACUGAGAACACCAACAAACCAUUUUGGUUUUUUUUUCUUAUUGGGCUACCUUUAGGAUUGCUUGUUCCUGAAUAGUUUCCUUGUAUGUAUUCUUUUACUCUUUAUGACUGUAUUGAUACCAUUCCCACAAUAUUUGUGGACUACCUGAUAAAUAAUUAACUUAUCAUUUUUUUUGUGUUCCUAAAUAAAUAUCGUCUGUCCUAA